ACUUCCUUGAGAGGUAGUCACGGUCAAUACCAAGCUAAAUUCUUGCAAGUAGAAGUUAUUAUUUGUAAACGAGUCAGUGUUGCAAUCGCCUUCAGCACGUGUAUGUUCACGAUCAGUUGAAGCAUCUUUAAUCGGAUAAAUAAUAUCAGAAUAACAAUACUUUUUUAUUAAUAAUGUUCGGAGUUAAAAAAAUGAGUUUAUUCCUUGUUCUGAUUCAUAGUUUCCCGUGCUUGCUUGCUUUGGAUAUAGUGCCGGAUGACCUCCAAAUUAAAUUAGACAAUGGUAUACUACAAGGAAAUAAGAAAUAUAUGAAAAAUGGUAAAACUUACUUCAACUUUCAAGGAAUUCCAUACGCUGUUCCACCUUUAGGCAAAUUGCGAUUUAAGGAUCCAAUUCCCUAUAAGAAAUGGACUGGGAUUCUAAACGCCACACAGUUCGGUUCUAACUGUGUAGAAAUGAGAUUGCGUCAAAUGACUUACACAAUUAUUGGUCAAGAAGAUUGUUUGUAUUUAAACGUAUAUACUCCACAAAAUCCUCAUGCUAUUAGGAAACUUCUCCCAGUCAUGGUAUGGGUUUACGGAGGAUUUUUUCGCGAAGGUUCUGCCAGUUUCUACGGACCAGACUACCUUAUGAAUGAAAGUGUGCUGAUAGUCACAUUUAAUUAUAGAACCGGCUUUUUUGGUUUCUUAAGUACCCAAGACAAUAUUGCUCCAGGCAACUAUGGGUUGAAGGAUGUGGUUUUAGCUCUGAAAUGGGUUAAAAAAAAUAUCAUUAAAUUCGGUGGUGAUGGCAAUAAAAUUACGGUCUUUGGUGAAAGUGCAGGGGCAGCAAUGAUUGGAUAUAUGCUAAUAUCCAGACAAUCCAGAAAUUUGUUUCACGCUGCAAUCAUGGAAAGUGGCACACCAUUGUGCCCUUGGGCGCUACAUCGAAACGCUAGAAAAGUUGCGUUUGAUCUUGGUGUUGCCUUAGGAUUAACCACUAAUAGCUCUUCAACGCUCAUCAGGUUUCUUCAAAGCCAAGAUCUUCUUAAAUCUAGUUCGCACAUGAUCAGAGUAAACUUACUGAAUUUUAUUGAAGUGUUCGAUAAUGGAGGACCAUUUGGUCCAGUGAUUGAGCCAGAAAGCAAUCAGGCAUUUUUGACUAAGGACAGUUUUAGGGCAUUUCAGAAAGGGGACUUUCAACGAAUUCCUGUAAUUGUGGGAAUGAACUCGCAGGAGAGUAAAUAUUUGAACUCCCUUCUUCCUAGUACGCGACCAAUUUUGUUCUUGUACGAUGUUAGUCCUAGUUCUCUAGCGCGUACAGCAAUGAAUGUGAAGUACCCGAGAAAUAAAAGUAUUGUGGGAGCCAAAAUAAAACAAUUCUACUUUAAAUACAACAGUUUUAUUCGGGGCACUGACGCCGAAUUUGCUGAAUAUUUUAGUGACGAUUUAUUUGUUCGUCCUAUUACCAAAACUGCCCAGUUAAUGUCAAAAUAUAUUCCUGUGUACUUUUACGUGUACGACUUUGAAGGAGCUAUGGGCAAACUCUGGCUAGAAUUUGGAUCAGCAGAAAACAAUAAUGUUAAAGGGGUUGCACAUGCAACGGAGCUCUGGUACCUGUGGAAAGCUGGUUGGACUAAACAGACUUUCCAGAAUACCGAAGAGGAACUCACUUCCGAGCGACUAGUUAAAUUGUGGACAAAUUUUGCCACCUAUGGGAAUCCUACGCCGGAACCACAAAGUAGCCUUCAAAAUUUGAAGUGGCCGAAAGUACAAACAUUUGACCAAGAAUACCUCUACAUUGGAAAGGCUCUUAAAGUCGAUAGAAAUUUUAAAAAAGCUAGUAUACAGUUUUGGGAUAAUUUGUAUAGAAAUUACUCAAACGGGCCGUUUGAGACUUAUUAAGAGCAUGUCUAUUAAGACGAAUGCUCACAAGAUGUGAUAGAAAAUUAUAAAUUAUUAAAAACAGUA